UUUCCUCAUUUUGACUAAGGGCACGACGGUCUAUCUACUAGACAUGGUCGGCCUGGCCAAAGCACGGAGUUUGCUCCAGUGCGCGUGGUGAUUACGCUAAUGUCAGGCAAAUUGCGUGCUCUCGCUUGUUCUCGACCCUGUUCCCGUCGUCUCCCUCGUCGUCUCGACCUCCAACCAUGUCCUGGAGCUUCCCCGUGAUCGACUUCAUCACCCCGUGCUCGGGCCCCUUCCUGGUUUGCCAUAAAUGGGUUGCAAACGCCAUGCCCGUGCCACAAGCUGCCCCUGUCCACCAUUAGAGCUUGGUCGGGAGCUCGUCCGUGAGCUCUGGAGCCCUCCCCCGCGCCUAUAUAAGAUGACCGAGGCUCUACCGCACCUCACCAGCCUCUCCCCGCUCCUCCUCCCCCACCGGAGUGCCUCUCCUUUGCCGUUUCCUCGUCGUUCGUCCACAGUGGUCAUCGGUCUCAGCUUGAGUACGGCCACCACAGGCCUCCCCUCGCCUCUCAUCUACGUCCACCGCACUUCCCACACUCCCACGAGUCGCCCCGACCCCUUGACCCCUCGCCAGAGUGCCCACAUCGCUGGAGACGUCACCACCACCACCACCGCCUUUGUCCUCCUUCUGGCGCCGCCCCUCCCCACCUCCCUACUCCUCCCCGGCAACGGCCGACCCUCUGAAUUGGUGCGGCAGGCCACCCUGCAUCUGUCGAUGCCCCGAGCAUCGCCGAAGACGGCCCCUAGCGCCAGAAGCCACCGACGGAGCCCGCCUCUGCCUCCUCCCAUUGCCGCCUCCCCUCCCCGCUGGCAGCUCUGCCCGGGAACUGCGGCUCGGCCGACCGCACCCACCGGGGGUCGCCGCUCGGCCAGGGACGGCCUGAGCUGGCCGGGCCCUGGCGCCCUUCUCCCCUGCCUCCGCUUAUUCCACAAGGGAAUAGAGGCACGAGGAAGAAGACGCCCGAGCGCCAGCCUGGCCCCUGCUAGUGGGUCCCUCCUCCCCAGCCGACCCCACCCAAGCGUAUUCCUGCCGAAGGCGCUUUCUGUCUUUCCCACUAGGGCCCUUUUGCUGAAAAGUAUUCACGGAUAGGUCCCUGAGCUUCAACUCUUCACAACUUUUCAACCGUAACUCCGAUCGAGGUGAAACCAACGCUCACGUCUUCGUCUCGUCGAGCUCUUUCUGUUGGUUCCAUUUUCACUAGGUGGUCCCAUAGUGAAAAUGACCAUUUUUUUCAUUAUCUCUAAUCAGCCCCCUCAGAGAGAGAACCGUCCGGCGUUUCAUUUCCGCGGCUUCACCGCACUUCUUCCCAGAGUCUCCGUCACCCCAGGCAAUCCAAUAAUACCCACUUGCAUGAUAGUCAUUCAGUAGCCAUGGUUUUCAACUUGAAUAUGUAAUAAACCUUUGCUGGUUUUGCUACUGUUGUCGUGAUUCCGAUGAUGCUUAGAGUUUCAUGUUCACUCUCGUGUUAUGUUGUCUU